AGUUGUUUUAUAGAUCAACGAGCUGCGCAUGCGCACUAGGUGCGCAGAAACCACUUCAAUGAACACAAAGAAAAAUAUAUUUUCGGGAAAAGAAGAAAAUAGUUUAUAUCCAAUGUGUAGAAUACUCUAUUAUUAUCAUUGUACCUCUAAUUAGAACAUUCCUGUAGGGAUUGGUAAGGUUUUUUCUUGAGAUAAGUCCUUGAAUGCCUUUUCACGUGAAAGAGCGUAUAUAAGGAGUUCAGUCUUAGAAACCUCUGGCACUUUUAGAAGCGAAAAUAAACGUAGAGGAAUUAUCUGUAGUGUCCCGACAAUUAUAGUAGCCAUUAAAAAAUGGCAGCAUACACAUUACCGGAGGGAUUCUCCGAUUUUGACAUGUUUGCAUUCGGUUCAGCUCUUCUUGUUGGGGGUCUUCUUGGAUUCUUCCUCAACGCCAUUUCAAUAUUGGCCUAUAUUAGCGUAAAGCAAAUGCGAACUCCCAGUAAUUUUCUUGUGUUUAACCUUGCUGUGGCUGACAUUAUGCUCAAUUUAAACGGCCUGAUCGCUGCUUACGCCAGUUUAUUUUAUAGACACUGGCCCUGGGGCCAAGACGGAUGUAGCAACCACGCCUUCAUGGGGAUGACAGCAGUUCUGGCCUCUAUCAGUUUCCUGGCUACCAUCGCCUGGGACAGAUAUCACCAAUAUGUGACCAAUCAGAAGCUGUUUUGGAGCACGGCCUGGACUAUUUCAAUCAUUAUCUGGGGGUUGGCCAUCAUCUGGGCGGCUGUCCCUCUGAUUGGUUGGGGAGUUUAUGACUUUGAGCCAAUGGGGACCUGCUGCACACUAGACUACACCAAAGGAGACAUAGACUACAUUACCUAUAUGGGGGCCCUGACUGUCUUCUACCUCAUCUUCCCUGCUUAUGUCAUGAAGUCCAACUACGACGCCAUUCACGCAUACUUCAAGAAGAUCCACAAGCACAGGUGGAACACCAGCAUACCACUGAGGGUUCUGUUGUUCUGCUGGGGACCCUACGAAAUCAUGUGCAUCUACGCCUGCUUUAGCAACGCCAGACUGGUCUCUCCAAAGCUCAGAAUGUUGCUUCCUGUUUUGGCGAAAACAAAUCCUAUUUUCAACGCGUGGCUCUAUUCCUUUGGGAAUGAGUUCUACAGAGGAGGGGUGUGGCAGUUCCUGACUGGCCAGAAGUUUACUGAGCCGGUCGUUGUGAAGUUAAAAGGAAGAUAAAGGAAGUUUUCCAUUCUCACAUUCUAAUUCCAUGGUUACACUACUGUACAGGCCAUGGAAUUAGAAUGUUCCAUUCUCACAUUCUAAUUCCAUGGUUACACUACUGUACAGGCCAUGGAAUUAGAAUGUUCCAUUCUCACAUUCUAAUUCCAUGGUUACACUACUGUACAGGCCAUGGAAUUAAUAUGUUCCAUUCUCACAUUCUAAUUCUAUGGUACAGGCUAUAUCCAAACAACAUCCUCAUCAUGCACUCUCAUUGCAGUAGGUUUCACAUUGGAAGAAUGGUAUUUGUACAAGGUGGUGAACUUAAUGUUAAUUGUUUAUUUAGCUGGCUUGGGAAACCAUGGGUCCAAUGUAGCUUGUCAAUAGCGGUAUGGUGGCUGACUCUCCAUUCAAAUAGACUUUGGGGAGAAGCACCUGCUAUUAGAUUGAAGGAUGUCUCAUGAUUGACUAGACGUAGGACACUCAGUAACCUACGUUGUAAUACAAAUACCACAGUGCUCUUAAUGUUCAUGCUGAGUUAUUUGAAGGUAAUACGACCAGAGAUCAACCUAAAAGUGGACCAAACUUAAGGUUCAAGUCAUGUUAAUGUAAUGCCGUUUUAAAAAUAUUUGUUUUAUAGCCAAUAGCUUUACUUCUAGAAGUUUCCCUGAUGUAUCCCUCCAGCACUGUAAUAAACACCGCAAGGUAUUCUGCCAGGCAGCCGCUCUUCAA